AUGGCCGGCUAUCUGCUGCGGAGCGAGCCUGGGGACGCUGUGUCUUUGUGUUAUUGCGAGUUGUGCGCUUAUUCCCGUGGCCAAGCUUUGCUGAAGGUGUACACGGACGAGUGGUGCGAGCAGGAGGUUGUCAGCAUCUCCAUGACCGCGUCCACGGCAGUCAGCACACGGACUGGUUCCUAUUGCACUGUUUUCGGUGUGGACGCAUAUCGCUUCUGCGCCCGCACGAUGGAUGAGAAGGAGUUGUGGCUGCGAGCUGUGAGCAACGUAAAGGUGAAGCUUAUGUUCGAUGCCCCAGACCCAACCGAUCGGGACCUGAGCGUGUUCCGGGAGGCGGUCUGGACGCGGGUGGAGCAGCUCCCGGCAGCCGAUGAGUGCCCGCCAUCGACCCAAGACCCGCUGCUCACGUGCUGCGGAGCGGCGCGCCGGCCUGCCCCGAGGGGGACCGCGGCGACCUGCAGCCGCCGGAGCCCGCGGGGCCCUGCUCGGACCAGGAUCCGUGCGCGCCGCCGCCCCGCGAGGCCGCCGGCCUGCGCAGCCCGCCGCCAGGAGGAAGCGCCGCGCAGGCCCCGGUCGGCGAGGCGGCGGCGGGUUGCGAGGCGCGCCCCGCGAUUUCGCAGGCGCGGCCGCCAGAGCCUGCGGGCGCGCAGGUGCCGGACGGCGAGGUCGCGGCGGGCUGCGAGUCGCGCCCAGCGACCCCGCAGGCGCGGCCGCCCCAGACUGCGGGCGCGCAGGUCCCGGACGGCGAGGCCGCGGCGGGCUACGAGGCGCGCCCCGCGACCCCGCAGGCGCGGCCGCCAGAGCCUGCGGCUGGGCAGGCCGUCGACACCCGCAGGAUCAAGAGGUACCCCAUCCACCGGCUGCUGGCGAGGCUAA